CAAUAUUGUGCCAGUUCAUAUUUGUUGCUCGUAAAAAUUGAGAAAGCAGCCCUAUAAAAGCUAGCGCGGUCUUCUGACAGCAAGUAGUUGCUGAAAUAGGCCAGCGAACCAUUACUUUAACACCUGCGUGCCGAAGAAUAAGAUGGAAAGUGUCUCAUCAGCGGUGGUUUUCAUCUUGUUCCUGUUGGGAUCUGUGGUAGGAGGGAUGGAGGACGGCACGUUUGAAAGUCGGUUUGAGUACGAGUACAAGGUUCUGAAGCAGCUGGUCAUGCUGGAGAUGGAGUCAAACGAGCUUCGAGGCAUGGUGACCUCACUCACAUCUAGACUUGAAGACGCCAAUACAGUUAUACAAAAUUUGAACGCGUCAAUGCGAAAUGUUGCAACCGGAAAUACGUAUAUUAGAUGGGGGAGGAAGUCAUGCCCGGGCGGAACUGGCGCCAGGCCGCUGUAUGAUGGGUUCGCCGGGGGAUCGUGGUUCUCACAUGCCGGGGAGGCAACAACUACCUGUGCUUGCCGCGGGACCCGGUGCUGGUCGACAUACAGGGAGGAGGUAGAAGCUAUAUCUACGGGGCCGAAUAUGAAGAUGGCGGGACAAUUUGGAACGAACUGAAUAACGAUGACGUACCCUGCGUAGUGUGCAUCACACCAAAUACCAAUGUCGUCAUGGUUCCUGCCAAGAACGUUUGUCAUCCGGGAUGGACAUUAGAAUACGCGGGAUAUCUGAUGACCACUUAUAAAGAUUAUACUGCCAGAAACUA